CUCUUGCCUGGGAAGGUUUGGAAGAGAUUUUAUUGUUAUAGGCGUUGUCUGGGACCCCGCAGCUUUCCCCUCUGCAUCUUCGGACUCGACCUACCGACAUACACCACGACACCAGAGUUGAAGCUUACCUCGCUCUGAUACUCCCACCCUUGCGCAUCCAUCUCACCUGGACAAGCUCACUUCUAAAGUCUGCGUGGUUGUCGAGAACCUAGGACGUCAAGAUGUUGAAAAUAUGGUCGAUGAAGCAACAACAGCAACAAGCUGAAAAUGCCGAAGGUGCUGCCGGCAAGAAGAAGAAGAAGGUCACCGCUGCUCAGUUGCGUGUUCAGAGAGACCUGCAAGAACUCACCCUCGGCUCCACCAUGAAAAUGACCUUCCCGAACCCCGAUGACAUCCUCAACUUCGUUCUCGUGAUCUCCCCCGAUGAAGGCAUGUACAAGGGCGGCCACUUCCAUUUCAGCUUCAGCGUGAACCAGAACUUCCCGCACGACCCGCCGAAGGUGAAAUGUACGCAGAAGAUCUACCACCCGAAUAUCGACCUGGAGGGCAAUGUGUGCUUGAACAUUCUGCGGGAGGACUGGAAGCCGGUCCUGAACCUGAAUGCGGUGAUUGUCGGACUGCAGUUUUUGUUCCUCGAGCCGAAUGCCUCGGAUCCACUCAACAAGGAUGCGGCGGAGGAUCUGAGGGGCAACCGGGAGGGGUUCAAGAGGAAUGUCAGGGGGGCGAUGCAGGGAGGUAUGGUCAGGGGAGUGAAGUUCGAUGAUGUCCUUCGUUAGGAGAGUUCCUUUUUUGGGGAGGGGGGAGGGGGGCAUGAAUGGGGAAUGAGGUUGUGGGUGAUUGGUGUGCUGGGGUGAUUCUAUCUGGGUGUGAGGGUGGAGGGUGACGCGAAGGGUAAGAAGGUGUGAUCAUUGCAUUUGUUCAUUUGAAUUAUUUAUUAGCGACUGGAUAGAUUCCCUGCUCCUGUUUCUGCUUUUACUUCCGCUGCUGUUGUACUGUUACUGUUAUGAAAGAGAUGAUCUAGCCUGUGUCUUUUUGUUCUCCGCGUUGGUUGAUACUAGGAAUAAGGUGAAGUCAAUCCUCGCCUGGUCUCUAAAAGGCUCAGAGAUGAUUGUGCAACUCUCAGACCAGCAUC